AAACUGAGUCAACCCCCGGUAGGGCAUAAUCUGAAAUUACCCGCUCCCGCUUUUCCCCUGCCUUCACUUUGGUCUUCAGUUCUCAUCUCAAUAUUCCCAUUGAUGGUCUUCUUCGUCUACAACGAUGGAUUCAAUAGUGUCAGCAGCUCUAACAGAGAUAUGUUCACAAGGCAUUAAUGGAAUUUUCCUCAAAGAUUUAUGGCCAACACUAGAAGAUACUGUAUCUUCAUCUGGUCUUAGUCUAUGUGAGAGUGUGAAGACCACAAUUUAUGAUCGACUUGUUAAAACACCUGGUCUUGAAUUCAAAGCAUCUUCCACUAAUACUAAGAAAGCAUCAUCAUCAUCAUCUACUUCUGAUUCUCCAUUUCGAAAAACUUGUUCUUUUGGAGAAGCUGAGAAAUUAGGGUUGAGAAUUGUUGCUGCUGAGCAUCUUAGAGAUAGUUUUGUUGGUCUUUAUGAUCUUAAAGCUGCCGAUGCUGGUAUUUCUGCUCCUCAAAGACGUGCGCUUGAAAGACUUGCUCGUGCUAGAAGUGCCGGAGUAACACAAAGUCAACUUGCUAAGGAAUUUGGCAUGAAAGGAAAUAACAUUUUCUAUGUAGUGAGGAACUUAGAAUGCCAGGGGUUGGUUGUUAGGCAAUCAACUACCGUAAGGACAAAAGAAUCUGUAGUGGAGGGAGAAAGUGUCUCAAAUAACACUUCCAUUGUCCACACCAACUUGAUUCAUUUAUAUCGUUAUGCAAAGCAUUUAAGUUCUCAACAAAAACUCGAGAUCAUGAAAGGAGAUGCAAUGGAGAGUCCAAAGCGUGCGGAAGGAAGUACUUCAAAUGAGGAUGCCACUGUAGGAGAUCAUGCUAAAGAAGAUGUUCUUGUAAUGGAUUUUCUGCCAGCCUUGAAAGCUGUUUGUGAUAAACUUGAAGUAGCCGAUGGGAAGGUACUGGUUGUCUCAGAUAUUAAACAGGCUCUUGGUUAUCGGAAGACUCCCGGACAUAGAGCUUGGAGAAAUAUCUGCAACCGAUUGAAAGAUGCUGGUCUUGUCGAAGAGUUCAAUGCAGAAGUGAACAGGAAGAUUGUCAGCUGUAUGCGGUUAUUGAAAAGUUUUAAUCCCAAGCAAUUUGAGCCAAAACAUGCUGUAGGCGGAGCUGAUGAUUUUAACUCAGACCAACAACUAAAAUUUGGAAAUAGAGGCCAAGUCAGCGCACAGAUUUUUGAGCUUCCGAUUGAGCAUCAAAUACAUGAUAUGAUUGCUGCCGAAGGGGCAAAGGGUAUAACGGUUAAUGAGAUCUUGAAGCGACUUGGGCUUAGUAAUAAGAAAUAUUAUACUCGUCUUCUCAACAUGUUCUCAAGGUUUGGGUGUCACCUGCAAUCCGAGAGCCACAAUAGGUCCAUGCUCUAUCGAGUUUGGACGUCUGGAAACUUCACUGGUAGUUCCUUGUCCACUCUUCCUAGUAAACCGACAGAUGUUGUCAAUGUAGUUGAGCCAUCCUCGCAAAGCAAAAAGGAUCUGGAUCUUCAUGAUAAGUCAGAUGAGGACAUGCUGCAGUUGGAUUCUUUGACCACCAACGAUGAGUCAGCCCUUGAGAAAGUGGAAAGUGAACAAAAAGGAAGAGAACCUUUCUGUAGCCCUGUUGCAAAAACUGAGAAUAAACAGAUGAUUAUCAGUGGAAGUCAUCCGCAUGAUUUAGCUAGUUUGAGUGGGAAUGCAGAACUUGAUUUAGUGCAAAAUGAGUUAAAUAUUGUUCCAUCAGAAACACCUCCUUCCUCAAACCAUUCCAAGGCUCGAUCAUAUCAAAAAUACCCGUGUCUUAUGCUGACCCCUACUAGUUCCCAGAGGGAGCAAAGGCUACUCGAACGGAUCCAGGAGGAAAAGUUCAUUCUAUCAGUCGAGCUUUAUAAGUGGCUGGAGAGCCUUGAGAAGGACAAACCCACAACACUGGCUAAGAAAACCGUGACACGUGCUUUAAAUAAACUUCAGAAUGAAGGGCACUGCAAAUGUAUUCAUGUAAGUGUUCCUGUUGUUACUAAUUGUGGUCGUAGCCGCACGACAGAGGUGGUAUUGCACAAGUCUGUUCAAUUAACUCCUGAACUUUUGGGUCAAGUUCAUGAAAGAUUAAGAUCUUUUGAUAUGUUAAGUCGUGGCCAAGGCUUAGCUCGUAUAAAGAAUGAAAAAUCAGUUCCUGUACUGACUGGUAUUAAUAGGAUUAUCAGCAAUGAUAUGUCAGACUCCCAAGCUGUUAAAGCUGAAGCAAUGCGUUCUAAUGGGUUUGUUCUUGCAAAAAUGGUUCGCGCUAAGUUGCUACACAACUUUCUAUGGAGUUAUUUAAGUUGUUCAUCUGAUUGGGAUGAUGCUUUGUCCUCUGGGAGACAUGGUUAUGACCUGAAGAACCCUCAUAGCACUUGCAAAUUGUUUGCGCUGGAUUUGGCUAUAAAGGCAAUGCCACUCGAGCUUUUUCUUCAAGUUGUUGGAUCCGCACUAAAGUUUGAGGAUAUGAUUGAGAGUUGCAAACGUGGUCUGUGUCUCUCUGAUCUGCCUGUGCAGGAUUACAAGUCUUUGAUGGACACUCGGGCUACUGGGCGACUCUCAUGGAUUAUUGAUGUAUUACGACGACUCAAGCUGAUUCGGUUAGUGACUGAUGGACAAAUAGAAGAUGCUCUGCUUACCACUCUUACCUAUGCGAUGGAGCUUAAACCUUAUAUUGAGGAGCCCUCGUCAAGACUCCCACUAUCGCUAGGUGUCAAUUCUUCAGAUCUUCGACCAAGGAUCAGACAUGACUUUAUCCUAUCAAGUAAGGAAGCUGUGGAUAUAUAUUGGAAAACUUUGGAGUAUUGUUACGCCACUGCUGAUCCUUCUGCUGCAGUGCAUGCUUUCCCUGGUUCUGCUGUACAUGAGGUGUUUCUUUAUCGAUCAUGGGCUUCCGUUCGGGUUAUGACAGCUGAUCAGCGUGCACUGCUGCUCAAACGUGUAAUUAAAGAUGACCUAGCAAAUAAGAUUUCUUUCAAGGACUGUGUACAGAUUGCCAGGGAUUUAAAUCUCACCCUAGAACAGGUGCUUCGGGUCUCUAAUGAUAAAAAACAGUCACGUCUUCAUAGAUUCCAAACAGAUUUCGAUAAUCACAAGCUGGAUUCUCAACCAGAAACAAGUAAAUGCAGAUCUCGGAAAAGGAAGAAAAGAUCCAAAACAAAGUCAUCGAAACAUAGAAAGUCCGUAAAUCGAGAAUCAGGUAUGUUAAAAAGCCCAUUAUCUGAAAGUAAUUGCGAGGAUACAGAAGAAGAAAAUCCUAUUACAACUGAUCUUGAAGACCAUGACGUUCAUAAUCAAGAAGGCGAAGAGGAAAUACAAGCAGAAGAUGGAGAAGAACUGGGAACAAAUGGGGAGGACCAAGAUGACAAUUGUGAUUUUAUCAGCCAGUGUGCCUUUCCCAAAACAACUCGUCACUCAAAAUUUGUGUGGACUGAGGCGUCAGAUAGGCAACUGGUGAUUCAGUACGUAAGAUACCAUGCAGAACUUGGGGCCAAAUUUUAUCGCACUUUUUGGGCCACUCUACCUGACCUUCCUGCACCUCCGGAAGCCUGCAGGAGAAGAAUGGCAUCCCUGAAAAAAAUUCCAGAAUUUAGAACUGCGAUAAUGAGGCUAUGUAACCUGCUCGGUUUUCGAUAUGUCAACCAUCUGCUAAAAUCUAAGGAGAAGGAACUCCAGUUUAACAAUGGUUCUGGGAAUACUUUUCAGGAUUCUUCAAGAAAAAAGUGUGCCACUGCCAAUUUCUCUGACUGUCUUGAAAGAAAUCUGGAGUCAGAUUUCGAGGACCAAAUGUGGGAUGAUUUUGAGGAUCAAAAAGUAAGAAGGGCUCUUGACGAGGUGCUUUGUUGCUUACGGGUUUUGAAGGCAGAAGGUGGUAAGCGAGCUGGAACUUCACCUGAAAGACAUUUGGAAUCUCAAGCUCGUGAUUUCCAAGAGCAGCCAACCACCGCUAGUGGGGAGGACAUGCAGAUUUAUGGAGGAAAACGACAAAAAAGAACUAAGUGCCAUCGCCUGCCUGGAAAGUUCCUGAAGCUUCUUAAUGAAGGAAUCAGUGUUAGCAGAAGGGCAUACGAAUCCUUGGCAGUUGCUAAUGCUGUAGAACUCCUUAAGCUUGUAUUUUUGAGCAUAUCAACUGCCCCUGAGGUGCCCACUUUGCUGGCAGAGACUCUGCGUCGUUAUUCUGAGCAUGACCUAUUUGCAGCUUUUAAUUACCUCAGACAGAAGAAAUUCAUGGUGGGUGGAAAUGGCAGUCAGCCCUUUGUACUAUCUCAACAAUUUAUGCACAGUGUUUCAUCUUCUCCAUUUCCAGUGAACACUGGAAAGAGGGCUUCUAAAUUUGCUAGUUGGCUGAGUGAAAGAGAAAAAAGUCUGAUGGAAGAGGGGAUUCAUCUUAAUGCUGAUUUACAGUGUGGUGAUAUUUUCCAAUUGUUAGCUUUAGUUUCUUCAGGAGAGCUGUGCAUUUCACCACGCUUGCCGGAGGAAGGUGUUGGAGAUGUUGAGGAGAAGAGAAACUCUAAAAGAAAAACUUAUGAGGAUGAGAUAUGUAACAAUGAUCAAGCUAAAAAGCCUGCUGAGGGGGAAUGUAGCACCCGCAGAGAGAAAGGUUUUCCUGGUAUAAAUGUAUCCUUAAUCCGUGCAGUAAUUCCGAGAACUGACUGCGGGGGAGUUUCCAAUAAUGAAAAGACUCGCACAUGUUCAUCUCGGGUCGAUGAAAAUGACCAAUCCUUUUGUACGGCAACGGCUAUUGGUGGCGAUGGCUCUUUUAUUUCUGCAAAGCUAAAUUCACAAAAUGAUGUUGGCGAUUCUGCUGCAUCAUCAGUGACAGUCGAUGAAUCCCCAUGGAAAGCUAUGGCUGAUUAUGGUGAAUAUUUGAUGUCCAAUCUUUCUGAUGAGGAUCGAGUGGGACCUUUAUUUCCUGAAAUCUUCCAGAAUCUUCAUUCUGCUAUUCUUAAAUCUGGUGACCAAGGGUUGAGCAUGCUGGAAAUUUCCAAAGUUGCAGCUAUUAGGGGGGAAAAGAUGGCUGAACUUGUUGUAGAUGUGCUUCAAGUAUUUGGAUCAGCUGUGAGGGUCAACGGAUACGACGAUGUUCAUGUUGUUAAUACUUCAUUCCGUUCAAAGUACUUUUUAUCCUCUGCUGAUGGUCGUUAUGAGAACAUAAAGUCUUCCCGACACAGGAAGCGUCCAAGGAUAAGUAAUGACAAUUGUUUGGCAACCUCACAAAAAUAUUGGGAAAAGGAUGUUACUAACAUGGAGUCUGAUGUUGUGCAUAAAGUAACUAUGCUCAAUCUACCCGAAGACGUUUAUCAACUCUCGGUUGAACGUCAACCUCAUGAAGUAAAUGUUACAUUUCAAGAUUCUGCACAGGUCAGAGUUGUUUCUUCAGAACGGCAGAGAGAAAAUACAGAAUGCACAAUGACUUCGAGUGAUUCUCAUUCAUUUAGACCCAUAUUGCCAUGGAUAAAUGGUGAUGGAACAACUAACCAUAUUGUCUACAAGGGACUUAUACGGCGGGUCCUUGGAAUAGUGAUGCAAAAUCCUGGUAUUCUAGAGUAUGACGUUAUCCAGCAGAUGAACACAUUGAAUCCUCAGAACUGUAGAAAGCUGUUGGGGCUGAUGGUUCUUGAUAACCACCUUAUUGUGAAGAAAAUGUACCAAACUACUUCGGCUGGGCCUCCUGGAUUACUGAGCCUCUUCUGUAAGAGUUUCAAGAAAUCGGAGUCGAUAUAUAGAGAGCAUUACUUUGCAAAUCCCAUGAGUUCCUCCCUCUUAUAGGAAAUGCUCUUUCCAUGUAUCUGAAUUUAUGUUUCUAUUCAAAAAGAAUCUUUCGGCUGUUCAUAUUA